AUGCAACAAGCAGAGGACUAUCAUGAUGCGGUAAUUUUUGCCCGCAGUGUCCCCGGAAUAGAUGAAGAUCGAAUUGCCAUGUGGGGAAUAGGGCAUUCUGGUGGCGCAGCAUUGAUCUCUGCAGGCAACGACGACUAUAUCAAAGCGGUUGUGCUAGUUAUGCCUCUUCCUUCCGGAGCACGAGAUGCAGCAAACUUCCCUCCAGAGUUGAUGGAACAGUUCAAAGCAGAACGUCUUGCGAGAGUACAAACCCCAGCCUUGGAAGAAACAUAUGUACAAGUUUGGGAUAACUCUCUGGAGCAGGCGUCUGGGGAGCGUGGCAGAGUCAUCUUACAUUCUCCCCCUGCAUAUGAGUUUUUCUCCGGUGGCCAACGACGUUCCGAUGCCGCGGGCACUCCUUGGGAAAACAAGAUAACAUUGCGGAGUUUAUACGAUAUCAGCAAAGUCGAGCCUCAGGACUUUAUCCGCAGAAUUAGCCCGAGACCAUUGCUGUACCUAGCCGCCGUGGAGGAUGUACUAACCGCGCCUCUUGAGAUGCAUAAGAAGGUCUUUGAGCAAGCAGGGGAGCCAAAGGAAUUUAUCACGCUAAACAACCAUCAUGUCGCCACCUAUUUCGACGCCAGUUUCGAGGAGAACAUCACUGCACAGAUUCAAUUUUUGAACAAAUAUCUGUAG